CCUAACCCAAACCCUAACGUCCCUUUCCUACUUUCUCCGUCUGGAUCCAUCUCCGGCUCCUUCUACUCAAUUUCACCACGGCUCAUCACAGAACCAGAUUCUCCAAUAUGCAGAACUCUCCUCUCGUCCGUUGAAUACCUAAGGCGGCAAUGGAUUCCUCCAGCUCUUUUAUCGUCGCUUUACUUUUCCUUUUCUUCACCUCUUUAUGGCCGUGGAAUGAAGCAUCUGAUCCCCUGCCGUGCUUCUUUUAAUCCCUCGAGGCUUUAUAUAAGAGGAACAUGUGAUUUCGAUUUCCAUCCUGUCUUUUUUCUUCGUCAGAGGAGAGAAUUUCCUAGGACUACCUCUGCUCCCUCUUAUUCUCCGUAAUUGUAUUGUUCUGACUACUACUAAUAUAUAAAAAUUACUUCUUUUAUAUACUUUUAGUGUUACUUGUUAGAGACGAGGGAUAAAAAUGUCAUCUUUGAGCACCACCAACCGUCAGCAGACACCUGCUGUUCAUCGUUUUGAGCUCGGGGAAGGAAUGCAGCUCAAGGUUAAUGUAUCUAGAGCUUUGGAUGGCUGUAGUUCGGUUAUUGAGAUUCAACUUAUAAACUGCUCAAGGUCCUUGAUUCUUCACUGGGGAUGCGUCUAUAGUGGACAGAUAAACUGGCUUCUUCCCAAUAAUUAUCCUACGGGGACCAAAAUAUACAAGAGAAGUGCUCUGCAGACACCAUUUUCAAAGAGAGGAGACAUCUACUUGAUUACAAUUGAGUUGCGGGAUCCCAAGAUUGAUGCCAUUGAAUUUGUUCUGAAGGACGAAAGACAGCAUCGGUGGUUUAAACUGAGCCAAGGAAACUUCCGAAUUGAUAUACCCAAGGUCGAGGCAUGUGAUUCACAUUCGUCAAUACCAAAGGAUCUGGUAGAACAUAAAGCAUAUUUAAUAUGGGAGAGUAGAGGCAGACCUAAGAGCUCACUUCAAGAAAAGAAGGCAGACUAUGAUGCUGCUUUUGAAGAUAUACAAGGACAAUUAUCAAAGGGCCUUUCCCUUGAUGAAAUUAGGAGUAGUCAAUGUUUAAAAGAAAGUCCUGUCAAGAGGGCCUUCGAUUAUAAAGAAACACCUAUGGCUUCAAAAAAUUCAUUGUCAUCUUUUUAUCACAAAAAGCAUGAUGUGAGCCAGUGGUUGACCAAAAAAUCUUUACAUAACAACAAAAGUGAUUAUUUUCAUCCAUCAACUUUCUUAAAUCUUGUUGAGAAAACAAUGGGAGGAGGAGACAAUGCCAACCUGAGACAAUCAUAUAAUAUUGGAAGUAAUGAAUUAGUGGUCCUCUUGAAAAGUGGCAGAGGGGAGUGCCACAUCAUUCUUGCUGUCAAUCUGAAAGGGGCUACAGUGCUUCACUGGGGAGUAUCAAAGAUGUCAGCAGGAGAAUGGUUGGUCCCUCCAUCAGAGAUAUUACCGGAGAGAUCAAAGCUGCUAGAUGGAGCAUGCCAAACUUAUUUCAGAGAAAUAUCAAGUGGACAUGAAUCAUUUCAGUUUGUGGACAUCAACCUCAAGAGAAGCAAUCUUAUGGGAGUGCAAUUUGUGCUGUGGUCUGGUGGGUUUUGGUUGAAGAACAAUGGUUCAAAUUUCUAUAUAAGCCUGAAAUCAGUGAAACUGACACCUGGAAAGGGUGAAGGGGAUGGAACAAAAAUUUGCAAGUGGUUGCUUGAUGAAAUAUCUGAGAGAGAAAAGGAUGCUGAAAGAUCAUUAAUGCACAGAUUCAGCAUUGCAAAAGAUUUGACAGAACGAUGUAAAAAUGAAGGGGAGUUGGGUCUCAUUGGUAUAUUGGUAUGGUUGCGGUUCAUGGCAUGCAGACAACUUUGUUGGAAUAAGAACUACAAUGUGAAACCACGAGAAAUUAGUGCGGUUCAAGAUAAGUUCACUGAUUUGUUGGAAAGAAUAUAUACUGAACAACAAGAUCAUAGAGAAAUCUUGAGAUUAAUUUUGGCAACUGUAGGCCGUGGAGGUCAGGGUGACCUUGGGCAACGAAUUCGAGAUGAAAUACUAGUGCUUCAGAGGAAUAAUCACUGCAAAAGUGGUAUGAUGGAGGAGUGGCACCAAAAAUUGCAUAAUAACAGCAGCCCGGAUGAUGUUAUCAUAUGCCAGGCUCUAUUGGAUUAUGCUAAAAGUAAUUUUGAUAUAAAUGUUUACUGGAGAACAUUGAAUUCAAAUGGUCUGACAAAACGCAUACUUGCAAGCUAUGACCGACCCAUUGUUUCAGAACCUCAAUUCCCUGCGGAAGCUAAAGAAGGACUUAUUCACGAUCUUGCAGCAUACCUGAAGACGCUUAAGGCUGUUCAUUCAGGUGCUGAUCUUGAAUCUGCAAUUGCCACUUUCUUGGGCUACACAUGCAAGGGUUAUGACUCUAUGAACAUGGGAAAAAGUCAUCAUGCCAAUUGUUUAUCACCAAAGCUACAGGAAUCGCUAAACUUCAUCCAAGCACAUGCAGGAGAAAAGAACUUUGGUCCUCUGCUGGAGAAAUUACUAGAAUCACGCAUUGAACUUCAUCCAAUUCUUUUUGGGGCUAGUGGGAGGUUGAAAGAUUUUAUAUACCUUGACCUUGCUUUGGACUCAGCCGUUAAAACAUCCAUAGAGAAGAGCUUCACUGUACUGAGCAAUGCACAUUUGCAGGAACUUAUGUCUUUGGUAUCUUUGAUGCUUGAAAACUUGUGCCUUUCAACAGUCAACAAUGAAGACCUCAUUUAUAUCACCAAGGACUGGUACCGUGCCUGUGAUUCAUAUAAACCUCAUGAUCAGCAGUGGUCCUUGCAUACAAAAGCUGUUCUUGACCGUAUACAGCUGACACUUGCUGAUAAGGCUCAAUAUUACCUGAAAAUGAUGCAACCAAGUGCAGAAUAUCUAGGCAAAUUGCUUAGAGUGGAAUCUUGGGCUGUUGUCAAUUUCACAGAGGAGUUAAUCAGAGCAGGGUCUGGAGCAACUCUCUCAAUACUUGUUAAUCGUCUAAAUCCCAUAAUUCGAAAUAUAGCAAACCUGGGAAGCUGGCAGGUUAUCAGUCCAGUGGAAGUAUGUGGUUUCAUAGACUGUGUGAACAAACUUAUAGAUGUUCAGAGCAAAGUCUUCAACAGACCGACGAUUAUAAUAUCAAAUAAAGUGACCGGUGAGGAAGAGAUCCCGGAUGGAGUUGUUGGGGUGCUGACAUCAGAUAUGCCUGAUGUUCUAUCUCAUGUUUCUAUAAGAGCUAGAAAUAAUAAGGUGUGUUUUGCUUCAUGCUUUGAUCAAAAUAUUCUUCAAGAUCUCCAACUGAAGAAGGGCAUGAAAAUUUCAGUAAGACCAACACCAUCGGGCCUAGCAUACAGUGAAGUCAAGUCAGUUUGUUCUUUUUACCCGCAAAAAGCAUCUUUCUCUCCAAAAGGAGUGAUGUUAAAGAAGAAGACUUUCAGUGGCAGAUUUGCUAUCUCAGCUCAGGAGUUCUCCAGUGAAAUGGUUGGUGCUAAAUCCAACAACAUUGAAUAUCUUAGAGGUAGAGUCCCAUCAUGGAUAAAAGUUCCAAUUUCGGUUGCUCUUCCUUUUGGAGCGUUUGAAGCUUCCAUUUCAGCAGAGGUUAACAAGGAUUUGGCAAAGAAAGUUUCUUUCUUCAAUGGAUUAGUAAAUGGAGGAGACAUUGCAAAACUUCAAAUGAUACAAGAUGCUAUAUUAGAAAUGAAAGCUCCUUUUCAGUUGAUGAGUGAACUUAAAUACAAAAUGAGAAGUUCAAAAUUGUGUUGGCCUGGUGAUGAGGGUGAAGAAAGGUGGAACCAAGCAUGGCAAGCCAUAAAGAAGGAAGCUUGUCCUACAUCAACACUGUCCUGGAGUGGUAUCGGCAGGUGCCAGUCAGUACCACUUAGUACUGGUCCUCAAUAAGCUAACAAUACGCAUUUAUAUUUCACAUGAAGGAGCUCAAAAUUAUAUUAAAAAUUAUAGGUGACAUGUUACUAUAUUUAAGCAUUUUCAAUUCCUUCUAGGUGCCUUACAUAUAGUUCUUGUACAUGUACUUCUUGUACUAUGGGAAGCACAUCUUGUAGUAAUAUCAUUGAAAGUUAAAUUGUUAUUUAGAUUUGAUGGAAGACCCUAGGGUCUAGGGAUGCAUAUGUGCAAUAUUGGACCUUAAGUCGAACGGUUUAGUGUUUUAAGAAGGAUUUUAGAAUUUGCUGCUAAAUAAUAGAAAUCUUGAUAGAUUGAAGUUCCUUGGUAGAUGAGAGAAAAGAGGGAGUUAUUGGGUCUUGGUUUAUUAACAGGUGACCGAAAAUAGGUUCUUGGGUUUUAUGAAUAGGGCAAAGGCUUAUGAAAUGUUUUCUAGGGGAUCUGCAUUCGGAAAUCUGUCUUGCAUUUGCAGGUUUCUUCUACCAUCAAUAGAUUUCAGCAAUUUUCAUGAAAAUAAAGGGUGGAGAGUGGAGACUAUGCUGAAGGAAUUUUAUAGAGUUACUAAGAAAGUAGUGCAUAACAUAUAUAAGAUGGUUAGGCAUGGGUUUCAAAUGUGAAAGUAGGCUGUAUAUGUUAUGAGCACUCGUCCAUUCCGGUGCAUAUCUCUUUGAUACAGAUCAAUCAAAGCUGAUGCAUAAGAAUACAGACUGGAACAGGUGGUACAUGGGUACACAUGCCUGUACCAUGCUGGUGACCUCUUGGCAUAGUAGUUAGGUAAGAUAUGUACAAAUGAGAACUUUAAAUCAUUUCUAUGUGUUUAUUUUUAAUAAAGUUUAUUUUUUAAAAAUGUGUAUAAACCUGUAGUUCUACUCUCUUUCACCAACCAGCCAGUGGUUUGACUAUAAGUUAUUUUCACUUACUGAACCUCCACAUCAUUAGAUACAUGGAAGAAUAGGAUCCAAUGGGAUGACACUUGUAUGGAACCAAUGUUCGGUCCUUUCCAUGCUUGAUGAUACCAACCAUUUCGUGAGCAUCCAUAAGAGCUACCAAUGCUGUCUAGCCUCUAUGUUUGCACUUCUUGAAGCAUCAUUAAUAUGGCCAUUAGCUUUAGCUGUAUCAGAGCAUUAAUCUCUUGUAUACAUUUAUUCAACAGGAAUUUAAUGACAGAUUGAUGCAAAAUACC